CUUUUGCUUGUGCCCAGAAGAUAGUGCUGCUCUUGCAAAGUAUAUACUGAUGGCCUCUUGCUUGCCUCUUCGGCUGCAAAGGCUCAAGUUCGUUGUCACCGCUGCUCCUCUUGCGGGAUCAUCUCAGCACCGGCUACCUCGACUGCCUGCUGCCACGCGCUGGUCGAGUAGCGCACCUCCAGCAACAGGCAGCUCUGUCUCCCCGCCUGGCGAAGCAGGUCCCUCUUCCUCUACUCGUCCAUCUCCUUUUCUCUGCACCACUCCCAUCUUCUAUGUCAAUGCCUCUCCUCACGUGGGACAUCUCCACUCGGACGUACUAGCAGAUGUCCUCACGCGCUGGAGCUCCUUACGACACAGCGGAUGGUCGCCUGCUGCUCUUGCAGGGAAGGGUAAGACGCAGCCUCUGCUCUCCACUGGGACAGAUGAGCAUGGUCUAAAGAUCCAGAAGGUAGCGGAGAUGAGUGGAGAGGAUCCUCAGGCCUUGUGUGAUCGAAUCAGUCAGAAGUUCAGAGUCUUGGCAGACACUGCUGGAGUUGGGUACACCGACUUCAUUAGGACCACUGAGGACAGGCAUAAGGUGGCCGUCCACGAGAUUUGGCGUCGUCUCGUGGAUGCUGGCCAUAUCUACAAAGGAGCUCACGAAGGCUGGUACGCCGUCUCAGACGAAGCCUUCUACCCUCCGGCUCAGGUCCGGUCUGUCACUGACGAGAAGACUGGAGAGAAGUACCACGAGGCCAUUGAGACGGGGCAGAGGGUUGAGUGGACGUCCGAAGACAACUACAAGUUCCGCCUGUCGGCCUUCAAGAACAAGCUGGUGGAGUGGCUGGAGAGUACACCAGAUGCUAUCCUCCCUCCCUCGCGACACGCCGAGGUACUUGAAGAGAUCAGAACAGGUCUCGAGGACCUCUCCGUCUCGCGGCCUUCAUCGCGCUUAAGCUGGGGUCUGCCGGUACCAGACGAUACAUCGCAGAGCAUCUACGUCUGGAUUGACGCUUUAAUCAACUACCUCACCGUCACGGGAUUUCCUUGGAAAGCCCCUAGUGGCCAGAGCGAGGUCGGAGGCGAGGCUUCGGCUGCAAGCGCGGGCGAAGGCAAGGCACUAGCUGAAUGGGAGGGAUCCGCAUGGCCUGCAGACGUACACGUUGUUGGCAAGGACAUCCUCCGCUUUCACGCCGUCUACUGGCCCGCUCUACUCCUUGCCGCCGGUCUGCCCCUACCCCGGAAGAUCGUAGCACACUCGCACUGGACGAUGGGCAAGUCCAAAAUGUCCAAAUCAAAGGGUAACGUCGUUGACCCAUUCGAGGAGAUUGAAAAGUACGGGCAGGACGUCGUGCGCUACUUUCUCUGUCGAGUAGGGGGCAAUCUGGCAACUGACAGCGACUACUCUACAAGUACCCUCAUCGAGUACCACCGCAAGUAUCUAGGAGGUCAGCUGGGGAAUCUUCUUUCGAGAAUCACCUCGCCCCUAAUGCAAGAGCUGCUAAUGGGCGAGCUUAAGGAGAAGAGAAGGCAAGAGCGUGGAGACGUGACCAAGGAGGAAAAGGACAGACUGAAACCACUGACGAUUCGGAGGCACGUCAAGGGUGGGGCACGCCUCCUUGAGGUCAAGAGACCUCGGCCGGGGCAAAGACACGAGGAGCUCGAAGCGGCAAUGAACGCUCUGGGAGACAAGGUCGACUCAUGGAUGCAACGCGGCGAGGUGUCCAAGGCCCUCGAGGUCAUCUUCGACCUCCUAGCCCAAGUCAAUGCCUAUCUCCAAGAAGUCGAACCCUGGCGUAAGCACCCUCACUCCUCCACCCAUCGUCUCUCUGCCAUCUUCUACACCCGCGAAGCACUUCGAAUUACAGGAAUGAUGUUGCUUCCUUUUAUGCCAGGGAAAAUGCGAGAGUUGCUACGGGUGGGACUUGAUUUGGAUUUGGAAAAGGAAGAGGCUCUGUCGUGGGAUGAGGUGAGGAAAUUGAGGGGAAAGGUGGCCUUCUUGGAAAAGGAGGAGAAGCUGCUGCCGCUCUUUCCAAGAUUGGUAGAGGAGCAGCCGGUUGGAAAGGGAGGAGCCGGAGGAGGAGGCAGGGGAGAGGACAAGGACAAGAAUAAGAACAAGGGGGACAUAAAGGACCGAGGCAAGGAGCCGAGAACAAACCAUCGACCCUCAAACUCGUGAGGAUGUAUGAUACAGUGUUCGAAAGCGUCUUCCCCAAUUACUAGUCGUUCACGAUCGAGCUACCAAUCAAUCACCAGUGACAACCACAAAGCACAGCCUGAACCUCUAGUCUUGAUUCUUUCAUAUUCAAUCUUCCUUUGCUACUACUGCUUGCAUUGUUCUGCCUCAUUCCAGCUUCUUCCAACGUUCGUCGUGUCCCUUCAUGCGUACAUACGUUCAUCUGCUCCCUUCUUUUUCAUUUCCUACUCCUCCGUUGAUACCCUACUCCGCUACUCCGGCUCCCCCCUCUUGCGCAUUUUUCUAGUCGUUGAAGUUUUCCCACCUCGCCUUCCAUAUUCGCCC